AUUGUUAGGCCGUCGGGUGUCGACCACAAGAGCCACUUUUCCCUCACUCUCUACCCACCUAUCAGCGCUUCUCCUCUUGGUUGGAGGUAGAUAACCCAUUGGUUUUACCCUCGAAUCCCUGCCUCCUUAGCCUUCUCGCACAAAGUACGCUUCAGGGUUGGCGCUUGCCAAGCACCCUUCCUUGAAGCUGCAGCAGCGCGCUGUGCUGUCCCCUCAGUCCCCGUUCGCUCCGCCUCGUGCUCUCUCCGCUUGACGCUCGGAGAGCUCCUUGCCUGUCCUUACCUCUGCUGAAAUGCUAGAGCACGUUGUCCAGUAUGACAGAAACAAAGAUGCAGUUGGAAGACUGGCUGGAUGAUUUAUGUGUUCGCUUUAUCAUUAACUUACCCCGAGAAGAGCUCGAAUCUGUUGAACGCAUCUGUUUUCAGGUUGAAGAAGCACAAUGGUUCUACGAAGACUUCAUUCGGCCGUUGGAUCCGGCUCUCCCGUCCUUGUCCCUGAAAGCCUUCGCUUUGCGCAUCUUUCAGCAUUGCCCAUUGAUGUCCCAAUGGUCGCAUUAUCAUCAUAUCACCGCAUUCUCCGAAUUCCUGGCCUACAAAACCCGGGUUCCGGUGCGCGGUGCCAUCAUGCUUAACGAUGACAUGGAUGAGGUGGUCUUGGUCAAGGGUUGGAAGAAAGGCGCCAACUGGAGUUUUCCACGAGGCAAAAUUAAUAAAGAUGAGAAAGACAUCGACUGCGCCAUUCGAGAAGUCUACGAGGAAACUGGUUUUGACGUUCGGGAAGCCGGAUUGGUCCAAGAUGAGAAAGAUGUCAAGUUCAUCGAAAUCACCAUGAGAGAGCAGCACAUGAGGCUGUACGUUUUCCGUGGCGUGCCACAGGAUGCUCAUUUUGAGCCGCGUACCCGCAAGGAGAUUAGCAAGAUUGAGUGGUACAAGCUGUCGGAGUUGCCGACACUGAAGAAGAGCAAGCAGCAAGAUCAAGGCUUCGCCGUCGCCAAUGCGAACAAGUUCUAUAUGGUAGCUCCGUUUAUGCAUCCACUCAAGAAGUGGAUUGCCCAACAAAAGAGGCUUGAAGGAAAGACUCCAGGUGGUUCGAAGCUGCCUAUGCAGAACGACAUGUCGAUCGACGAAGCUUCCCAUGCCGUGCACAGCUUCACACCGAACCAGGUGGCUGCGGAAAUGGCUACUCCCAGUGACUUGCCAGAACUUGCGUCGACUCAGGACGCCUCUGCUCACCUUAAGCGCCUUCUCAACAUUAACAAUCUGGUUUCUUCUGGAAAUACAUCGCCGGUCAUCCAUGCACCAGUCUCAGGGCCGAGUGCCUCUAAAUCUAAUGCUCUUUUAGAGCUGCUGCGGACCGGCUCGUCUCGUGAAUCCCUUCCACAAGCCCAUAUUCCAGAGCAGCAAUCGAUGCCGGCCCCUCUCCCAGGGAGUGUGCCUCCUGUGAGUCGUCCUUAUCCCGCGAUGGGCUUCUUCCCGGGCUUUCCCCAGCAAGGCCCUCAUGUCGGCGUACCCCCCAGCUUGCCGUCAUACCCACAGCCCAAUCACGGUCCUGUACCACAUCUACCAGCAUCCAUUGCCAACACAAUGCCUCAUGGCCAGUUGAAUCAAAGACCGCUCUCUGCUGCUCCUCCAGGGCCAUCGGGUAGUUUUCACGGAACUUUCCCCCCUCAGCAGUCGCUUGCAUCACACUUCCACAAGGACACAGGUUCGCUGGCAGAACUCGCUCCCGCUCCGCAGAGUCAAGCCGCCCCUGCCCCCUACCAUCGAACCGGUGAUCCUCAAUUCUCUCAAUCAGGUCAUCCUUCCCAAGCUCAAGGUGCGACCGUGCCACCGGCGAGAAACUUGCCUCCGCCCAAACUUACGAGCCAUUCCCUGGCUCUGUUGAAUGUUUUCAAGGAUGACUCGACCAAAACACCCAAGACGCCCAAGGCGAACUUGGUGUCCCAUACUGGACCGGCGCAAGCCAGUGAACGAAGACCAUCACAACAUCAGGAUCAUCUCCUUAAUCUGCUGAGAGGGUCUCCUGCUCCUGCAGUCUCUGGGCCGGCCGAAUUAUCGGGUCAAUCAGUGUCCCCGGCCAGAAAACAAGUCCUUCAACGACCCCGGGGGGACCAUAGCCCUGCGCGGCGCAGUUCGCCCGCGGCUAAUCCAUGGACUUCUUCGCCAGCCUCUGGACCGACCAUGCAUACUUUACAACCCGGAGCUCAGAAGCCAUCAAGAAAAGCACAGAAUGGGCCGAAUCGCAAAGGACUCAGAAAUGAGCAGGCAUCAGCUGUUACGGCCCCUAUAACAAUCUUGGCAAGACCGCAAGCCGCCAAGGAACAGCCUCCUGCACGCGCUUCUCCGCAAACCUCCCGUCCUCCCUCCCAGCCCAGGGGUCCGAAACCCAGUUCUCCGGAGCCACCUAAACCUUUCCAGCCGCAGAUUCUACGUCGCUCUGAUAAUCCAAAUGUGAUGGAUCUUCUCCCGAUUCGGACUGCACUCGAUGAGAGUCAAGAUCAACAGGCCGCCGCACGCUCCAUGGAUUCCCCUCGGCAUUCGCAACCUCAACCCAGCUUCGACCGCAGACCGAGUCAAACUGUCGCGCAGAAGGAGAUGCUCCUAUCACUCUUUGGCAAAACCUCUGUCUCCCCAAACAUUUCCCCUGCGGAACUGGGCGCUUCUGUUCCGAAACCGUCGCAGCCUUCUUCUGUUGUUAGUCCACUGUCGCCGGUCAACUUGCCCGCUAUUCCUAACGUUGGACAGACGCCUCAUGAAAUGGAGGAUAGUCAGGUAUCUAAUGCCAAUAAGGUCUCUUCGCCUGUCAAUAAGGCUUUCUUGCUUGGGUUUCUGGAAGGAGUUGCUAAAGGACACAAGUAACUCGGUCAUUUUUGCUUGAUAGGGCCCAUUAGCUAUACAUAUGCGUCUCUAAUGAAGUUAGCGGUUUAUUGCUUCAUGAUCUUGAAUUACAUUUGAUAUUGUC